ACAUUGCUCUAAAGUUUAUAUCUCCACUCAAUUUGUUUUUGUUUAUUGCUUUUUCAUUGAAUUAUAAUUUUAUAUUUGCGAUAUGUUAAUUUAAUGUGAUAGUGUUGUUAUUUAUCAUGGACGACACGCAACAGAGCCGAGCUUCGGACGCCGGCGCGACGAGGAAGCGUCGCUCGUCAAUACUGAAGAGUCAGCGCGCUCCACGCACGCCGUUCUCGGAGCUCGAGUUCAACGUGGCGACCCCCACCGACACCACUAAGAGCAGGCGCGUCAGCUUCUCCAGGAGGACAGGGGUUGCAGAAUUCAUAACAAAUGAAGCAACAACAACUUGGAAGAACUUUUACGAGGAGCACAAUAAGUCUUUAGAGUCUUCGGGUAACGACUCGGCCGCUAACGCGACUCGACAGCCCAUUGGUCACAUAGGAAAACGGAUCUUUGAUCAACAAUUCGAAGAAGUGGAAGCUGUUGAUUUUGUCACGUCCCUCGAUAAUAUAGCUGGCAGAAACCUUAAUACGACAAACGUUAAUUUCACUGAGCAAUUAGCGUCUAUGGAUGAUAAUAAACUACCACAGAAUAAUUUUGAACUGAGCGCGUUUACAGAUCAUCACAGUAAAAUUUUUGGUGAUGAUCUAGCUAUACCUGUUUUGGGAGAAAUGUCUGGGCGUAUUGAUGUUAACUUUUCAGCUGUCCAGUCCAUCGAUGUGAAGGAUGAUCUGGACGAAAUACAAGAUGAUCUGAAAAGGCACAGUAAUGUUGUUGGGCCGGCGCCGUUCAGGAACGCUAGAGACUUCUCUGAGUAUAUUGAGGUUGAAUUGAAUUCGACACACGCUGCUAUAAACAAUGACGAGUCUGACAUGUCUAUAACAGAAACUAUACGUAGUCCUAAAGUUAAUGUUUCUAAAGUAAUCAGUCCUGAUAAGAAAUCUAGUUUAAAUUGGGUGGAUAAAGAGAAUAAUUUUUUGGAAGACAAGGUUAAGACUUUGAUUUUUGAUGAUAACGCUGAUAUGUCCAUUACCACUGCUCUACCAGGAAAAGUUGAUCAGGAAUUACAUAAGAAAACUAUGAUUUUCGAAGAUGACAUGGCUGACAUAUCGAUGACUAAUGCUCUUCCCGUCAAAUUGAUAGAUAAAGAAAAUGUACGUGUGAUUAAUUCGAAUGAUAAAGCAAAAACUAUGAUAUUUGAUGCUAACGCGGACAUGUCAAUAACCGAUGUUCUUCCUAACAAAGUCAAUGUAGAACCAGAGAAAAGAAGGACAAUGAUUUUUGAUGAUGAUUUAGGUGAUUUGUCCAUGACUAAACCUAUUCCCGCCAAACUUUUAUCUGUCCAUAGUGAUAUCAUUGAUAAAUCUAAUUUAAAUGCUGCCUGUAAUUUGUCUCAUGUGAAACCUAAAGAUGUCGGGACUGAAAAACGUCGAACAAUAUUAUACGAAGAUGAUUUAGGAGAUCUCUCUAUGACGAAACCCAUUCCUGCGUUGCUAACAGUGCAAAGCGAAAUUAUAGAUAAGAAUAACGUUAAUGAUUUUAAUAAGUCGACAGUGGACAGUUUAGAACAUAAAAAUAAACGUAGAACCAUAUUAUUUGGAGACGAUUUAGCUGAUCUGUCACUGACGAAACCGAUUCCUGCUAAAUUGUUGUCAAUUCACAGUGAAAUAUUAGAGAAAACGAAUUUAAACGACAAUGCAAACAAAUCAAGCGUACAGUCUAUGGAAUGCACCACAGAAAAACGUAGAACUAUAUUGUUUGAUGAUAACCUUGGUGAUCUUUCGAUGACGAAACCUAUACCAGCGAAAUUGUUAUCAGUUCUUAAUCAAAAUGAAGACGUAAAAUGCAGUGAUGGUGUUAAUAAGAUCGAUAUAGAGCCGAUAGAGUGCAAGUCUGAAAAACGUAGAACUGUUUUAUUUGAUAACAGUUUAGGUGAUUUGUCUAUGACGAAACCUAUUCCAGCUAAAUUAAUUCAUAGCGAGCUUAUAGAGAGAGAAAAGACUCUUAUACACGAUAAAGAUGACAAACUAGCAGAUAUGUCGAUUAAAACCGAAGUAAAACCACCUAAUGAAAUAUUGGCUGAAAAAAUCAAAUCAUUUGUAGAAGAGGGUUGUGCUCCUGCGGCGAAUACUAAUCAGUCAAUGUUGCUCACAGUACACAGCGAAAUUAUAGAGAAGUCAGUUGUUAUAGAUAAACUUAAUAAAUAUAGCCUUCAUAAGUCUCAAACUAUAGUCUAUGAUAAGGAUGAUAAAAUUGAGGAUGUAACUAUUACUACAGAGGUGAAAAAACUGGAUGAAAAAUCAAUUUUCGCAAAGACUAGUCUGCGAAAGUCUCAAACUAUAGGAUAUGAUAUAGAUGAUGUAAUUGUGAAUAAGUCUAUGCCAGAUGUAGGUCAACCUAAAGAAAUGCGAAAGACAAUAUUAUUUGAUAAUCAUUCCGCAAAUUUGUCUAUGACUAAACCUAUUCCAUCUGAACUGCUUGCUGUACAAAGUGAAAUGAUUAAAACACAACAACAGUUAGAUAAAGAAAAUGUCAUAUGCGACGUGUCUGCUAAUAAAUCUGUAAUCCAAAACUCUGAAACAAAAGAUGUGACUAAAACUGCUGACUUGGUCACUACAGACUUUUCCAAAUUCAAAUCUCAAGAUGUGGUCGUGUAUCAAGUUGCAACAAAUGAUAUUUCGAAAGUAGAAACUGCUGAUGAGCAGAAAGAAACUGUGGAGGUAUUAAAUAUUGAAAUGAAACAAGAUAUUGUUAUGAGUUCGGAAUCAAAUAAUAUUGAAAGAAAAGAAUCAAAAGUAGGUGAUAACGCAGGACAAAGCCCUGUUCAGGAUAAAACAAUUCCUAAUGAGAGAGAAUCGAAUAAAUCUCUUGUAAAACCAGAACAUUCUGAAAUUAUUAAAGAUAUAUCAAAAACGGUUUCAAAAGAAAGUGUAGCUAAGAACGCGUCAAUGCAAAGUGUUUCCAAAAAGUCUAUUUUGUGCGAUCUGUUGGAUAUGUCGAAUGCAUCUAUGACAUCCGGGUUUGACGAUAAAGGUAUAACCGUAAAUUUGAGUUUGCACAAACCUUCCAUUCACGAAACAGUUAAAGCAGACACCGAAAGCGUUGCUAGUGAGAUGUUUUAUAUAACAAGAGAUACAGACAGUGAUACACUUUCAAAUGAAAUCAAAGAAAAGAAUGCUAGUCCUAGUGUUAAGCUUGUAGAAGAAACUGAACAACCGGAUGAUGUUCUAAAAGAGUCUGAACCUGAAGUGGAUGAUAGUAUCCAAAAGGCAUUAACUGAAGUCGAAAAUACGAGGAAAGCCGUCGAGAGCUCUGUUAGUUUCGUAAAGGUUCCCAGCACAGAUUUGGCGAGAGAAGCCAGUAGAGAAAAUAAAAUGGAUAUAUCGAGAUAUCCUAGAAGUUUCAGCGAAGCGGAUAACACUAAGGAAUUACUUGAAAUGCUAUCAGACUUAACAGAUGGACGACAAUCAGUUUCUGAUAAUCCUGAACCUAUAACAGUUAAAGGUCUCAUUGCAAUUGAAAAUAAAGAAACAAAUGAACCAGCGCGAAGAGUGAGCAUCGCGCCGAACAGACAGUCUAUAAUUUUCAACCGUGAAGACAUUCUUAAUAAUAUUUCUAUGGCACAAGCUGCUCUCCAAAGAUCUAUUGAUAUAGAAGACAGCGAUCUAGAGGAGCCGACGCCAGCAGUGAUUAUAUCUCCACCCAAAAAAACAGUACGAGUCAGCAACGACGUUGUUAAAACUUUGCAAUUCGAAGAUGAGUCGUCGAAUGAACUUAGCGUCAGAACGGAACUAAGAUCGCCGCUUAAAAAGACUGCUUUUGGAGAAACAUCAUACAUGAACGAAGCAAAUUACAAAGCUAAUGUUAUACCGUCGUAUUUGAAAGAUGUUUCUGAUGGUAUCAAGGCGUUGAUGAGCGAUCUAGUCAAGCCGAUGAAUGACCAACUACCGUUUGAAACCGGCCUUGAUAAUAGUUUACGCAAGUCUACUUCGACGUGCAGCGUGCAAAUACAGGCGAAUCUAUUCACGUCUAGUCAAAUAGAUGUGAACAAUGAAUUGUAUUCUAAUACAAACUCUGUGUACGAGAUGGAAAGAGACGUAAAUAAAAUGUCAGUUAGUCCUACAAGUGUGCGGGACAUACAAUACGGUCCCCAUUCUGAGUUAGUGUCGCGAAAUUUGAAAGAUACAGCUUUCAGACCCAAAAGACAACCCCCAGAUCAAACUAUUCCAGGAAAAGUAUUAGUUUUCGACCACGCGAAUCCUCUGAACAAUGUUUUACUAACGCCCAUGGAGUACACUGAAAUACACAAGUAUUGUCCUCCAGGCAGUUCUCAGGAAACUCUGGGCGGCUCCGACAAGAGUCACUCCACUCAGUGUUCAACUCGUCACGAAUAUGACGUAGAAAACGUCUCCAUUCGGUACAAUAAUGUCUUCGACGUUUGUCAAUCAGGCGACACGGGAAUGUCCGACCAUCAAAGUCUGGCGUCAAAUCUCAGCAAACCUACAUCGAUAGACCAAUCUGUUAACGUUAGAGUUACCGAAGUUAAAGAUAUUGAAGUCAAUACGGCAAUCGCUAUGAAAAAGAACAAAGAAUUGCUCCAAGCCAGCUCGUCGCUAACGUUAGUUGAUGACGCUCUUGCGCGCUCCGCUUUCGAACUAGACAUAGAUUCAGCGCCAUCGGAUUCCAAUCAGUCUGACAAAAUGCAAAAAUUGAAAGUGAUUUACAAACUGAAAGAAGACUCGGCCGAACGCAACAUAAACUCGGACAUUACCUUAAACGACGAGGCUGAUGUGACGAAAGCGAAGAAACGUUUGCACAGUCCGGCUAGUUCUGAGAAAGACAAAAGGCAUAGCGUGACCCCGAAGCCGACUGCGAAAAUGCAGAGGCGGUCGCACAGUCCCAAGGCGAACUUAUCCCUAAAACGCAUAACUGGCAACAAGUCUCUCGUACCAGAACGAGAUUUGACCAGCGACAGUAAUAUGGACGUGGACUUAUCACCGAGUAAGGAAAUCCCUAGAAAGCGGUCGCCCAGAAAGCGUAGCAGUCCUAAAAAAGAGGGCGCCUCGAUAACGGUGCAACAGUUAUUGACAGAAUUCAAUGUUAAACCGGAAGUGGAUCAGAAAGUUUUGAGCAAGCAGAUUUUGGAUGCUCUGAGCAGGACGGACAGUUCUGUGGUACCAGACUCGGGCUCCGAGUGUGAUCGGAGCGUGGAGUUGGUCAGCUCGUUCACUAGCAGCAAGAACCAGUGUGCUCGGCCCAGCACGGUGACGGACGUGGACACGAACUCUUCGGACAGCCGCUGCGAGGACUGUGCGCCGGAUUUGAAGGAGUGCGACUCGAGUGACAAUGUAGUGGCGAAGAUUGAUAUGCUGCCGUUCAUGGGGAGUCACGAAUGCGAAUGGGCGCCGUCCGGCACCGACACUUGGUCCUUCCGGCUGCUGCACGGCCGGAUACGGAUGUGCGUGCGGCUCGCGCACCGCCACCACAACGCGACCCGCACCAGGGUGCGCGGGGACACGCCCGUGCUGGGCAUCACGGUGCACGAGUCGCUGCAUGGCAACGACAAGCACAACUCGGUCGCGUACUGGUGCGUGUGGUUCGCGGCGGCGGCGGCGCGCGCGGCGGGCGCGGGCUGCGCGCGCGCAGGCGGCGUGCCCGGCGUGCUGCGGCGCGCGGCGCACGCGGCGCGGCGCGCGCUGCGCUGGGGGCGCGCCAUGCACGCGGCGCGCGCGCACCUCGCGUACUCGCUCGACAGCGACGGGAGGCUCGUGUUCAAGGUGGCCAACAUCCCCCUGCGGCGCGUGUGGGAGGUGUCGCUGACGCUGUCGCCGGCGGAGGCGGGCUGGCCGUGCGCGCGCGAGGCGGGCGCGCGCCGCGUGCUGGCCGCGCCGGCCGCGCGCCGCGACCUGCGCGCGCUGCUGGGCGCCGCGCGCGCCGGCUGGGGGCACGUGCCCGACGCGCUGUGGAAAAUCUUCAAAUAUCUGAAGAACUUGACGCCGGAGACCAACGAGAUGAUGUUAUAAAAUUGACUGGUUAAAUUAAUUUAGAGUAAGAAUAAUUUUG